CCGCUAACAAAAGGAGUCCUCAUGACCCCCAGCCCCAAAUUCUCAUGGGAGAACCUCUCUUCCUUCGGUCUCCCCGGUCUGGCCUCUUGGGAGCGGACGUAAACUCCUCAGACCUUCCCUCCCUUCCUCCCUCCGGCCCCGUCUCUCCCAAACCCGGAAGGGGAAUUGGGGGACCCUCGGCUUCCAUCAAUGCAUGCUCUCGCCGUACCAUCAGUGGCAUUGUGCUUGACCCCAGACCCCGGGCCAGUCCCUCCGCCCCUUCUCCUUAGAAGUUGGGGGGCUAAAGUCCGGGCUUCCUCUAGGCCCCGUCCCGCCCCCUUUCCCCGCCACCACCCCCCGCCUGUCCGGGGUAGCACCCCUCGUGUCCUCCUGUUUCGCAUCCCCGCCAGCAUUCGCCUUGCAAAACUCCAGAAUCUUGGGAGAAGCAGGCAAGGCCGCGAGCCACCUUUGCGUCGUCUCCACCCUACCCCGAUUUGGGUUCUGCCCCCAGUACCCGAAACCGGAGACUUCACCACCCCGUUCCCUUUACAAGUCCUAACCCCAAGCUUAGCUCCCAGAUGCCUGCCCCCCACCCAGCUUUCUUUUGGGCAAAAUGGAGGUCGUGGGGGCUGGAGGGCCAGGCCCACACCAGCCCGCGCCUUCCAGCUGCCAGAUCCGGGGACCCUCCCCUGUCUCCUCUUCACCCCACCAGACCUGCGGAGAUGGUGGCACCUCCAUCUCUCUAUGAGGCCAUGGCUGCUGUUUGCCCAGAAUUCAGGGGUUGCAGAGGGGACCCUGGAGGUUGCUGGGGACUGAAGCUGGGAGUGUCGCCCCUGCCCCCAGCAGUUUCCUCCUGGCCUGCUUCCUUCUGCCCGGGCCUCUGGUGUUGCCGCCCGGCUUGGGCUGUUGGCAGCUGGAAGGAAGGGGCUUUGUCCGAACCUUGGGGUGGGAUGGGUAGGGGCUUCUGCCCCACUUUCCUGUUUUUGAGGGACAGCCCCUGGCACUGACGUAGAAAGCUGAACCGAGGGGAAAUGUCAGUGGGGAAGAGGAACGCCCAGCUCCUGGGGGAAGUGGGAGUUGGGUGGGGGACGCCCGGAGCCGCAGAGUGCAGUGUGCGUGGCCAGAUCACACAGGUGUCCAAGAGGGGGAGGACUCCAGUCCCUGGAAAGGAGCCAGCCAGGCCCCUGCGGCCCCGGCGCCAAGCCGGAGGAUGGGCCCCUGGGGUGCCGAGGACGCAGGGGCUGGGCCGCCUGGGGCCGUCUGCUGGCGCCUGGGAGAGAGCAGCUCCACGCCUCGGGGCCGGGUACCUCUCUUCGAAGCCCUAAUUACUCGAGAGCGGCUCCCACGGGCUUUCUGCGGGCGCGGCGGGCGGGCGGCCUCGGAGCUGGAGGGAGCAGCGGCUUGGGGCUGCCUUCGCCGCCACUCUCGCACCCACCCGCGGCGGACGGCUAAUGGGGCGCAGCCGGCCCGGGGAUUAUCCGGGGCCUCGGGCCAGCGGCCAGGAGCUGCCUCCCCCAGCCCCCGUCCCGCGGCCCCCAGCCGCCCCCAACCCCGCCCCACGGGCCCGGCGCCAUGAGUGAGCUGGAGCAACUGAGACAGGAGGCUGAGCAGCUCCGGAACCAGAUCCGGGAUGCCCGAAAAGCAUGUGGGGAUUCAACACUGACCCAGAUCACAGCUGGGCUGGACCCAGUGGGGAGAAUCCAGAUGAGGACACGGAGAACUCUACGUGGGCACCUGGCAAAAAUCUAUGCCAUGCAUUGGGGGACAGACUCAAGGCUGCUGGUCAGCGCCUCCCAGGAUGGGAAGCUCAUUAUCUGGGACAGCUAUACCACCAACAAGGUCCAUGCCAUCCCACUGCGCUCCUCCUGGGUCAUGACCUGUGCCUACGCGCCCUCAGGGAACUUUGUAGCCUGUGGGGGGUUGGACAACAUCUGCUCCAUCUAUAGCCUCAAGACCCGUGAGGGCAAUGUCAGGGUCAGCCGGGAGCUGCCGGGCCACACUGGGUACCUGUCGUGCUGCCGCUUCCUGGAUGACAACCAAAUCAUUACUAGCUCUGGGGAUACCACCUGUGCCCUGUGGGACAUUGAGACAGGCCAGCAGACUGUGGGUUUUGCUGGACACAGUGGGGAUGUAAUGUCCCUUUCACUGGCCCCUGAUGGCCGCACCUUUGUGUCGGGUGCCUGUGAUGCCUCUAUCAAGCUGUGGGAUGUGCGGGAUUCUAUGUGCCGACAGACCUUCAUUGGCCACGAAUCUGACAUCAAUGCUGUGGCUUUUUUUCCCAAUGGCUACGCCUUCACCACUGGCUCUGAUGAUGCCACGUGCCGCCUUUUUGACCUGCGGGCUGAUCAGGAGCUCCUCAUGUAUUCCCACGACAACAUCAUCUGUGGCAUCACCUCUGUUGCCUUCUCACGUAGUGGCCGGCUGCUGCUUGCUGGCUAUGAUGAUUUCAAUUGCAACAUUUGGGAUGCCAUGAAGGGUGACCGUGCAGGUGUCCUUGCUGGCCAUGAUAAUCGUGUGAGCUGCCUUGGUGUCACUGAUGAUGGCAUGGCUGUGGCUACAGGCUCCUGGGACUCCUUCCUCAAGAUCUGGAACUAACCUCCCCAAUCCCAACUGGGCCCAGGCUGGGAGGGGCCCUGCCCAUGCCCACACUACAAGCCGGGAGCUUUGGGGCUGGGUACACACCAAGCCUCCUUUCCCCGGGCCAUGGGGCCUUGGGUCCCUGUUCUCCCACCCAGGUUUGGUUCCUCCCAGGGCCCCCACUGUGGAGAUGAAGAUGGGAUGGAAUGGGGGAAGAGGAAGGGGCAGAAGACCCUCAUCCUUUUGCUGCCCUGGGGUCAGGGCCUCACCCCUCUGGAGGGCCACAGGCAAGUGGAAACUCCAGGGGCUGGCUUUUUUAAAACUGGUUUUAUUUUAAUUUUUAUUAUAUUUUCAGUUUUUCCAUAAAGGAACCAAUUCCAACUCUG